GUCUGGACACCUGGGAAGGCAGGCAGAAACCCGGAAGUGCUGCAGUUAGCCAACAUCAGCAGGAGAAAGUACAGCUUCGCAUCUGCUUGUUUGUUUUAGCCGAAGAGCUUUUUUGUUCUGACUCUUCCAGCAGAAUGCCUGAAGUUAAAAUACCAAGGAUUCAAGCCAUUCAAACCAGUACUGGAAGUGGACUGGAAGGCUUCAAGGCCCAUGCUGUGUUCCAGGAGAUCAACAACAAGCUUCAGGAGGAAGGUGAACAGUUUGUGAAGAAAAUUGGAGGAGUUUUUGCCUUCAAAGUAAAAGAUGGCCCAAAUGGACAGGAGGCAACUUGGAUUGUGGACGUGAAGAACGGCAAAGGUUGCGUUCACAACGACACAGACAAGAAGGCAGAUUGCACCAUCUCCAUGUCAGAUACAGACCUGUUGGCUUUGCUGACUGGGAAGAUGAACCCACAGACGGCAUUUUUCCAGGGCAAGCUGAAGAUCACAGGGAACAUGGGCUUGGCCAUGAAGCUCCAAAGCCUCCAGCUGCAGCCGGGCAAAGCCAAGCUGUAGAGGAGAAGCUUGAUCAAGCCCUCACUAAAAUGCUUGGCUGUGGAGAAUUUAAGGUUCAGUAACAGAGAAAUGUUGAAGAUCUGAAAGAGACGUGGAUGGACUGAACCACUUUUUCUCUUGGGUGAUCUCACUGGCCGAGCGGGGGAUUAGUCUGAGCCCCGCCUGUCUAACUGGGGAAUACGAUAGAUGGACAGAUAAUUAAUUUCCUAAUUGAGUUCCAGUAUGCACAUCUUUUCAGUGUCAGUCUGCUAGAGUUCUGACAGUUGCUCCCUACUUUGAUACUAAUUGCAUUUCUGUCCAGAUUUCAUAGCCUUUGCCAAUAAUGAAAGCUAACUUUGAGUGCACUAUAACUGGAACUGUUUUGGGAAGAACUGAUAAUAUGUUGCACAACCAUGACUGCAGCUGUGUAAGUGCCUCCCUCAGAAUUUAAAAUCAAGGUUGGUAGUUAGUUACCAACACAGAGCAGUUUUUCACUGUCUACCUAACAUUUUAUCUGCUUGGGUUGCAAUUUUUUGUGGUACUAUCUGCACAGUAUAGAUCUCUGUAAGAUUUCUUAGAAAUAAACUUGUCCUUGCUGAAAACUUUGA